GCUAGUGGUUUUGGCGCCAUAUUUCUGCAAGCAUUGAAUUUAUUUCGUCGGUUGGUCACCGUGUGAGCGAAGAGAGCUUGUGUGGUUGUGUACAAAAAAUGACCUCAUCAAUUCCGGAUGUUUCACCACCGACGCCUACGAGUAAAAAAUCUACACAGUACCUUGCAGCUGUUUCAUCUACCUUAGCCGCCGUGACUGCAGCCAACUAUAUCGGUUGGUCAUCUCCAGCACUUCCGCUCUACAAUCAAAAGGAUACACUAGCUUUGAGCGAUGACGAGAAGUCAUGGGUUGGAUCCUUGCUCGCGCUGGGAGCUCUCGCGGGUGCGAUUCCUGCGGGAUGGGUUGCUGAUAAAUUCGGAAGGAAGAAAUCGAUACUGCUAAUCGGUGUACCUUGUCUGCUUUUUUGGUUCAUGAUCGGAUUUGCACCAAGCACGUUAUGGUUGUUCGUGGCUCGAUUUUUGAGCGGAGUUGCAAAUGGGGCAACGACAGUCAUCGUUCCGAUGUACGUCUCCGAAAUUGCGGAGCCGGCUACUCGAGGUACGAUUGGGUCGCUGUUCGAGCUCCAGAUGGCGAUUGGGCUUUCGCUGGGGUGGUUGACAGGUUUGAUCGGGAAUCUCAAAUGGAUAGCCAUGACCUCAGCCACUAUACCGGCAGCUCUGCUGCUGAGCUUCAUCUUCAUGCCCGAAACCCCGGUGUGGUUGAUUGGCCAAAAUCGUCGAAAGGACGCCGAGAGAGCGAUGGAGAGACUCAGAGGUAGAAAUUUUCCGUUUCAGCAGGAGCUUGCGCAGCUCGAGUUCAACAAAGAAUCCCAGAGCAAGCAGAGGGCAGGAUUUUCGGAGCUAAAGAACCACAAAAGGGCUGUCCUAAUCUCCUUCGGACUUACGGCUCUCCAACAACUGUCCGGAAUAAAUGCGGUUGUUUUCUACGCCGAGGAGCUUUUCGUUGCCAAAGAAUCGGUCCUUACCCCAACAGUCUGCGCUGCCAUUAUGGGCGUCGCUCAGGUUCUAGCGACUAUCGUAUCCACGGUUUUGGCGGACAAAGCUGGCCGAAGAAUCCUCCUCAUGAUCAGUACGAUCGUCAUGGGUGUCUGCCUCAUCGUCGUGUCAGUGCAUUUCCAUUUUCAGGCAGGAGUACAAUCGACCGGUAUUCCAUGGGUGCCUCUGAUAUUCUUCACAAUCUACAUAAGCAUGUACGCAAUUGGAUGUGGACCAGUGCCUUGGAUCAUGGUGAACGAAGUCUCGCCGACAAACGUGGUGGGUUCAAUCAGUGCGGCAGCGGCCAUGAUCAAUUGGUCACUGACCUUCGUGGUUACGAAGGUUUUCAUCAACCUCCAGGCCACGAUCGGCCUGCCCUUGACUUUCGGUAUGUUCGCCGCGUUGUGCAUGAUCGGCGCGAUAUUCGUUGCGUUUGUCGUACCGGAGACGAAGGGCAAGACGAAAGAGGAAAUUCAGCUUCAACUUCACAAGAUCAAGAAGGAACCGAUGGAAAUCUAUACUAUCACUAUCGACCAGACUAGGCUGUGAUCUGGUAACGAUUGUGGAUGCAUUUUGGAUUUGCGAGACGUGAUGGUUUUGGAGGGAACAAUAAAGGAUUAAUCCGACGUGUGGAUGGAGCGUCUCAUCCCUCGCCCGCGCGCCCGUGACAGAG